CAAAUGUCAACUUCCUUUUUCCAGAAUGUAAGUCUAGCCGACUGUUUGUGCUAAUUCAAAGACCAGCAAGUCACAUAUAGACUAUUUCAGGAGCUGGUUUUAAAUGCUAAAGGUUAGCUUAGAAGUUUAGCUAACUUUUUGUGCGACUUGAGUGUAUUAUACAGCAUUUGAACUGCUGUUAGCUAUAUGUUCUUCUUAAAACAACAAUAUGGGAAGGAAGUCGACGAAGGAAAGCGUGCCUCCGUUCAAGGAAACGUUUGAGCCACUGUCUCUGGAGAGUAAAACCCCAGCAACGGUGGUGUUGCUGUUAAACUCCCAUGAGGAAGACAUUCUAGUAAAAGCAUGUGAAGCAAUCCACAAAUUUGCAGAGAAAGGAGAUGAGAACAAAGUUUGUCUGCUGGGACUAGGAGCCCUGGAGCCUCUUUGCAAGCUUAUUGCUCACAGCAACAGACUGGUCAGACGUAAUGCCUUUAUGGCCCUGGGUAUUAUGGCCACCAAUGGUGAAGUUAACAAUGCUCUAAAAAACCUGAAUGCCAUUCCAUUGAUUAUACAAAAGCUCACACCUGAAGAGGAUGGGGUCGUCCAUGAGUUUGCAACACUGUGCCUUGCCUCUUUGUCAGUGGAUUCUACCUGCAGAGUCGAGAUCUACACCAACAAUGGUAUGCCACCUCUAAUCAAACUCCUAACCAGCCCGGACCCAGAUGUCACGAAGAACUCUCUAGAGAUCAUCUUCAACCUAGUUCAGGACUACAAAAGCCUCCAGGCGGUGUAUGAGUUAGGUGGUAUCCCCUCUCUUCUGGAGCUGCUUAAAUCGGACUUUCCUGUCAUCCAGCAUUUGGCUUUAAAGACGCUACAGUGUGUCAGUACUGAUAAGGAUACACGGAAGACCUUCAGGGAGGAGCAGGGAUUCGAGAAGCUCAUGGAUCUUCUUCAUAAUAUGCAUCUUACUGACCUACAUGCCGAGGCCUUACAUGUAGUGGCAAACUGUUUGAGCGAUAGUGAGACUCUUCAGCUGAUCCACAACAAUGGGGGGCUUGCAAGGCUGAUGGACUUUGUCCUCACACCCCAGACUCCUGGAAUCCAGUCCACCGCAGUCAAAUGUCUCACCAGGGUCGCUCAGAGCUCUGACAGCCGCACCGUUCUCCAUGAGCAGGAUGUAGAGAAAGCUCUAGUAGAGCUUCUGUCUGUGGUUGAUAACAACGUGAAAGCUUCUGCCUGUCAGGCUGUGGCUGCCAUGAGCUUCCACCCAGCCAGCAAAGACAGCUUCAGAGACUUGGGUGGUCUCCCUGUAGUGGUACAGCAGCUGAGUAGCGAGAGCUCGGCACUAAGAGAAGCAGCGACCCAGGCACUCUCAAGUCUCACACAUAGCAACAAGCUCAAUGCCCUUGCGGUAUAUGAGGCAGGGGGCCAUGAGGUCCUCAUUCAGCAGCUGUGUGACAGCUCUGCAAGGACAGUGGCCAACUCUGCUGCCACUCUUUGUAAUAUGGCAGAACAAGAGAUCAUCAAGUCCAGCAUCCUGUCACAUGGAGGCAUACAGGCUCUUGUCGAACCCUUAAAGUCCAAAGAUUCACAGGUCCUGAUCAACACUGCCCUGUGUGUGGCAAUGAUGGCCUGUGACAACGAAGCAAGGGCAAAGCUCCAAAAGGCUGGAGGCCUCCAACCACUCGUCACUCUGCUGCAUUCCAAUAACAAGGAGGUGCUGCAAAAUGCGUGCUUCGCAGUGAAUGUUUGCACUGGGGAUACUUCUUGUGCUCUGGAGAUGUACAGACUUGGGGCCCUGGAAAUACUUCAGGAAGUCAACCGGUCAGUGAACCGUAGAACCAGUUUCAGCAAGCUGGCCAUGAUCAGCCUGCUCAACUCCAACUUGUCUGUUAAAUACAGCCUGACGGGACAUUUGGCUUCCACUGACAUUAUCACAAGUGGCUUCUAUGAUGUUGGGAAGGCUUGUUUGGGUCAGACGGUUCUGACUUUGGAGGAGUUGUCAAAGCAGCCGGUCAACCAGCGCCGGGCCAUUAUUGUUGUCAACACUGCAACUGACCACAGAGAGACAGUAGAUAUGCCUGAAGAAAGACAACCCAGUCGGUCAGAAUCAGAAAUUGGCAGCAAGAGAGGACAAAUCACACCAAGAAAGAAAAAAGAGAAAGACAAACAAUGUGAUGAAGUGCAAGAGCCCCGAACAGAGAAACAACAGAGCAUGACGGAGGAUGUCUCUCUCCAGAUGCUAAUUAAAGAGGCCAGAGACUCCAUCUUACCACUGAAAGAUGAACAAGAGCAGUAUGCUGCCUUGGCCAGGUUGGUGAGUGAAGCCAUGGGUGGAGCAGUGGCCAUUGAAACACUGCACCAAUUCCAAUGGGUGCUGCACCACAGUGAGCUCAGGUUUCAGCUCAAGUCUAAUGUUAUUCCCAUUGGUUUGAUAAGCAAGGGAAUCUACUGCCACAGAGCGCUGCUCUUCAAGUGUCUUGCUGAUUGCAUUGAAAUGAGCUGCACUCUUGUUCGUGGUGAGUACAACCGGACCUGGAAUGAAGUGGUUCUGUUCAGAGAGAACUCCAACAAUCAAAGGUCUUCACAGCCACAGCGCUACAUAGUGGACCUCAUGCAUCAGCCUGGAACCUUACUGGCAGUCGACACCCCGGCUGCUCUGCAGUAUCAGACAAUAUAGUUACGUUUGAAUUAAAUUCAUUCUGUAAGACAUACUUUUACAACAUUCUGUAUGCAAACUGGAUGAACCUUAUCUUAAUAAAUCAUAGGUUACA